AUGGCUCAGUACUGGUUAUCAUCUCUGGUCAUUGCACUGACAUUCACAAGCUUUUUCACCGGUCUCUCUGCCCGUCGCCAUCUUCUUCAGUCAACACCAGCGACUCAGCCACCGGUUACAACGUUCCCACCACUUCCCACAACCACAAUGCCACCACUGCCUCCUUCUCUCCCUCAGCCAACUCUCCCCCAACCCACAGCGUUUCCACCAUUACCGAGCACACAGAUGCCUACUUUGCCUAACCCAACACAGCCCAUUAACAUCCCAAACUUCCCACAAAUCAACAUCCCUAAUUUCCCAAUUAACAUCCCAAACAACUUCCCAUUCAAUCUCCCCACCAGCAUUCCUACAAUCCCAUUCUUCACUCCACCCCCUUCCAAAUGA